GCAGGUCUGUGACUGAUCCACGAGAUGGUAAGCGAGUGGCCCUGAAGAAAAUGCCCAAUGUCUUCCAAAACCUCAUCUCUUCAAAGCGUGUCUACCGGGAACUCCGCAUGCUUUGCCAUUUCAAGCACGAAAAUAUACUUUCUGCUCUUGAUAUUUUACAACCACCACACAUAGACUUCUUUCAUGAAAUCUAUGUGGUAACAGAACUAAUGCAGAGUGAUCUACACAAAAUUAUAGUCUCCCCUCAACCGCUCACAACAGACCAUAUCAAGGUGUUCUUAUACCAAAUACUCAGAGGCUUACGCUACCUUCACAUGGCCAGAGUAAUCCACCGUGACAUCAAACCUGGGAACUUACUUGUAAAUAGCAAUUGUGUCCUCAAGAUCUGUGACUUUGGUUUGGCCCGGGUUGAGGAACCUGAUGAAGAUACCCACAUGACGCAAGAAGUGGUCACUCAAUACUACCGAGCUCCUGAAAUCCUGAUGGGAGCGAAACACUAUACCUCUGCUGUGGACAUCUGGUCCGUGGGCUGCAUUUUUGCUGAGUUGCUUGGAAGACGAAUAUUAUUCCAAGCCCAGGGACCAAUCCAACAGCUUGAUCUCAUAACAGAUUUACUUGGUACUCCGAGUUUGGAAGACAUGCGAACAGCGUGUGAAGGAGCCAAAGCACACAUGCUCCGCCAGCCACAUAAACCAAAUUCUUUCACUGCCCUCUACUCCUUGUCUAGUCAAGCCACUCAUGAAGCUAUACACCUUGUCUCCCGCAUGCUUGUUUUUAAUCCAGACAAACGAAUAUCAGCAAGCGAUGCUUUAUCUCAUCCCUACAUAGACGAGGGUCGUCUGCGAUACCAUUCCUGUAUGUGUAAGUGUUGCCACAAUGGCCCCUCCACCCGCCAAUACACCACAGAAUUUGAACCCUCCUGUCACCAGCCUUUUAACUAUGACUUUGAAGACGACUUGAUAUCUGUGCAAAAGGUCAAAGAAAAAUUGCAUAAAUUCAUAGUGGAACAGCAGCAGCGGAACAAGAGGAUCCCAUUGUGUCUGAAUCCCAAUUCAGUUGCUUUUAAAACAUUUGCUAGGUAAGCGUCCGGCCAGCCCAGUGGCCUGAGCAUUUGUACAAAAUAGUGUGAAUCCUUAAAACUAUCAAUGCAUUUCAGAAAAGAAGAAAAUGAAGAAAAAACAAACACAAAGACAUAACAUAAUCCAUAAUUAAGUGGAAACCAAGUACAA